CAAAACUUGGCAAAUUUUUGUUUUUCAUUAUACGGUUUCUUAGAAACAUUAAAUUUUCGCUUUGAACGCCAGCAGUUAUACGCGUACGUAAUUUUGAACACGUCAAGGGUAAGAUGUAAACAUCAAAUGAGCUAGAAUCUUUCAGUAUUUCAUAUUUCUUCAUGCUCAGAAUCCAGCAAUAAUGGACGAAGAUUUGAACGAUCUACAAGUGAAGACGAAAGAAGACAACAUUCAAGUCUUAAACUAUACUGAUGGAGAGACGAUUGAUUAUCCCUUCGUGCUUCUAGAAUGUGAAAUAAGAAAGCCUGUGUUGUCUGAACACAGUCUUGUAGAUAAUUUAGCAUCGGAAGACUUUGAGAAUGAAACUGUACAACGCGAUUUUGUUCUUGUAAAUACCGAGAUUGAGUGUAGAAGCUGGCCAGUGGUUGAUGGAGGUUUUAAAGCGCUCUUGCAACUAAAUACUGGAGACAAUUUGAUUAGAUUUAAGGCUUGGGUUAGUGGACUAUUCAUGGAGGAGGAUUUUAAGUUAACAUACACACCUUCAUCCCUGACAAGGUUUGUACGUGUUGUCUACAUCAAGUGUUCUGAUUCAGAAGGAAGUUUUCAAGCACCAAAUGGAGUUGUCAAUGAUGUUGACAUGGCAACUAAAAAGCUUGCUUUCAACGCUCGUCUCUUACAGACUUUCACAGCUCAAGACAUGCAUCGUCAUGGCUUUGGCCAUAGGACAUUCAGACUUGAAGAGGAUUGUAUGGGAAAACCAGUGAUAAACAUAUUCACAAGCUCAUUAACAUCAGUUGAUGCUUUAAAAAUGACUGGGGGACAGCUUUAUGACAAGUUCUCAUUAGAGCUCUCAAAGUCAAAUCUCAACGACCCAUUAUGCAAGUUUUGGACAUUCAUGAGCUUCACACACUAUGAUCCCCCUGCGGCUGAUUUAUUCAACGACAAGGACAUCCAUCUGUAUGUUAAGGGACAUACUGCUUUAGGUGGUGGUCAACUUGCCUUAUUUGGUACUGGGAACCUCCAUACAUGGGCAUCAGAGACUGAUGAGCUUAUGUCAUGUUUUACAAAUACUAAGAUGAUUGACAGGAGAUAUCUUUUUGAUGAUAGUUCAAGAAGGGGAUCAUACUGGGCUAACUAUGCAACUGGUCUGGGUGCAUCUAUGCAUGAGUUAGGCCAUUGCUUUGACUUGGCUCACACCCCUAAUGGCAUCAUGGGUAGAGGGUUUGACGAUUUCAAUUGUGUAUUUUCACUAUGGAAAAAUCCACCUCCAUUACAUUGUAAACAAGAAUGCAACUCAAAGACCAUUGAAGAGUCUAAAGAUAUUUCCUCCAAUGAAGUUUCAAUGGCAGCAGAUAACGACAUCGAUACGCAAGAAAAUGCCCACCAUGUGGCAAAAGGUUUGGUCCAAAGAUCAGAUUAUCGCGAUGAGCACGAUAUAUCACAUGGCAGGGAGCUUGCCCAUUGGAUAAAUGACAAAACUAACCUGGCAAGACCUGGAGACUGGUCACAUGGUGCAAAGUGGUAUCGUUCCUCUGCUGUAAUAUUACGUUAUCACAAGUGGUUCUGUAAUGGCGAGGAAUCAGACCACGAAGUCAUGAAUCAGCCAAUAGUUCAAUGGAGUCGGGAUUUUUUUGGUCCAGUUGGUAAUAUUUCUGACAGUUAUCAUUGCAACAGAACGUCUUUUAAUGAUAAAACAUGGCUAGGUGAUAACAAUGCAGUAUUAUGUGGUUAUGUUAUCCACGCUGAAGAGUACGUUAAUAGUAUACAGACCAUUGGUCGCGUAUUGGAACCUGAUGGCUUUGAAAAAGCCAAGGAGAUUUUCUCUGAGCCUCAAGGACAAGUAUUUGGACGGAAAUACGUCUUCAAGAUGUGCGAACCCGACGAAGAGGUGACAGCCAUUGACGUGCGCGCCGGAGCUUGGAUCGACGCCAUAAGAAUUCACACAAAUUACAAGUCGUCCGUCCUCAUGGGGGGAGGGGGUGGUUGUUUUAACCACUUCAAGCCAGCCGAAGAACAGAGAAUCGCGGGAAUGUUUGGCUGUGCUGGAGAGUUUGUAGGCUCUAUUGGGAUAUUUCUGGAAAGCCAUGGUAACGCAGCGUCAUCUACCAUUGAGCCCACACCAGAUGAACACCUUAUCAUCUCUGCUGCAAAUGGACUCCGUCUCAUCGAGCUGCACGACAAGAAACAUGGCGAGGUUUAUGAACACUGGGAAUUCCUGGAAUCUCCACCUCCGACGCAAUUCAUCCUCAACAAAGCUGACAUCAUGGCACAAGAAGCGAGAAUCGUCAUAAUGGAUGACAAUGGAAAUAUGCACUCGUCUGGUCCGUUUGGCGGCUUGGAAAAGAUGUUUUCGACAAUAGCUGCUAAAAUGAAUGAAAUUCAAACGACGGACACACAAAUCAUGGACACAAAACCACCAGAACAUGAAGAAACAAAAAGCUAUGAGAAGAGUAAGGAUGAAGUGGAAACAAGAGACAGUUCUGAGAGUGAAGUAAACCUUAUAACCGAAGAAUGUUGCGGUGAAGUGUCAGAAAUUAUUAAAGAUACACGCGCACCAGCAGAGCAAAGUAAAGAAAAUGAAAGCGUGAUGAUAGAGGACAAGAACAAGUUACGUGAAACCUUUGAUAAGGACGAUUAUGAAAAGCUCCAGCAACAGACCUACUUUCGUCAGUCUGCAAAGCAGAAAGACGAGACGGUGACCAGAUAUUACUAACAUAGCGCUAAUCACAAAAACUAAAAUAAGACAAAAAUAUUAUUUAUUAAGGGUUGUUUAUUUCUAGCUCGGCAAAUGGCAAAUCACUGUGUUUAUAAUAGAAAGUGCACAAUUUCUUUCCAUGGAAAAUUUAUAGUAAAAAAUAAACAUUAAUGUAGGU